UUAGAUCAGAAAACUAUGAACUGGUUGAAAAGUUUAAUAUUUUAUUUAUUUCUAUUAAUUCUUAAAGUUGGUGCUGAAAUUUCAGAAAAAGAUGAUUCACAAGAAAUUCUAACAGUGCCUUCAACAUCACUUCCCAUUGUACUACAACUAUCUAAAUCUUUACCGGUGGGUAAUGAACUCACGCAACCGACAGUGGAUAAAAAUAAUAACGACAUUAAAGAACAUACAAAUUAUCAGAGUAUUUCGAAUGAUAUAGAGGUAUUUAAUGAUAAAUUGGGGCCACGUUUAGAAAACCAAGAUGAGGAAGCUGAGGCCGAAGCUCAAGAAGGCACAGGAGAAGAAUCUGAAGUAGGAGCUGAGCCUGAAGCUGAACCAGAAGCCGAGCCUGUAGCUGAACCAGAACCAGAAGCUGAACCUCAAGCUGAUGAAACAGAACCCGAAGCUGAGCCAGAACCUGAGCCUGCAGCGGAGCCAGUUGAAGAGACUGAAGCGGAAACAGUUCCAGAACCAGAAGGCGAACCUGAAGAGCCAAAAGAAGAAGAAACUCCACCCGAACCUGCAGCAGGGGACGCUCCGGAAUCAGCAGAUGAACCUGAACCGGAACCCCAACCUGAAACAGAACCAGAAGAAGUAGCAGCUGCAGAUCCUACCGAAACUGUUGAUGCAGCUAACGAAGACUCUGAAAUGCCUAACGAUGAACCAGCCAAAGAGGAGGAAGAUCAAAAAGAUAUAGAAAAUGCAUCGCCCGCAACACAUGCUGAAGAUGCUGCAACUAAAGAUGUUAAGGAUCAUCAAGUUUCCUGUUUUAUUUGCACUAGUGUUGAGGAUUUAAAAUGUAAUAUGAAAGCAACACGUCAAGCUUCAUGUCCGAAAGUUAGCGAUGGUGAUUCAGGAAAGCAUAAUGGUUGUUAUACGCUAUAUAAAGCUGACACAAAUAUAAACCAUGCGUGGCUGUGUGGACGAAUUGGCCGAAGAGGGUCUUAA